AUGGAACCAGUCCACGUUCUCAUCACAGGUGCUGCCGGCCAGAUCGGUUACGUUCUUACCUUCAGAAUCGCUGCCGGCGAUCUCUUUGGCGACCGCAAGGUUGUUCUUCACCUCCUCGAAAUCCCACAAGGCAUGCAAGCUCUCCAAGGCUGCUGCAUGGAACUCCAGGACUGCGCCUUCCCAGCUGUUGCUGGCAUCGUCGCCACAGACAAGAUCGAGGAAGCCUUCAAGGAUGUUGAUGUUGCAUUCCUUGUUGGUGCCUUCCCACGUAAGGAUGGCAUGGAUCGUGCUGACCUUCUUGGCAAGAAUGGUGGCAUCUUCACAGUCCAGGGCAAGACUCUCUCCGAUUAUGCCAAGCCAGAUGUCAAAGUCCUUGUUGUCGGCAACCCAGCCAACACAAACGCUCUUAUUGCUCUUGCUUCUGCUCCAAAGCUUGGUCCAAAGAACUUCUGUGCCAUGACACGCCUCGACCACAAUAGAAUGCUCGGUGAACUUUCUGUCAAGCUCGGCGUCCCAACAAACGAGAUUCACAAGGUCACAAUCUGGGGCAACCACUCCAACACACAAGUUCCAGAUGUUUCCCACGCUGUCUACGGAAAGGAGAACAAGAAGGUCUCUGAAGCUCUCCAGGCUGAAUACUACCAGGGUGAGUUCGUCACAAAGAUCUCAACACGUGGUGGCGCAGUCAUCAAGAUGCGUGGUGCUUCAUCCGCUGCUUCUGCUGCCAACGCCGCUCUCGAACACAUGAGAUCAUGGUGCUUCGGAACACCAGCUGAUGAUUGGGUUUCAAUGGCUAUCCCAGUCCCAGAGAACGAACCAUACGGCAUCAAGAAGGGUGUUAUCUACUCAUUCCCAUGUACAGUCGACAAGGAAGGCAUCCACGUUGUUGAAGGCCUCGCCAUCAAUGAUUGGGUCAGAGGAAAGAUGGAAGCCACAGAGAAGGAACUCGUCGGCGAGAAGGAAACAGCUUGGAAGGUUCUUGGCCUCUAA